AACAGGAACUAGAUCUAGAAUCUAGAUCUAUUUCUUUUAUGUGUAGGCUAUAUAACAUCUGAGUAGGAUUUAUAUUUUAGAUCACUAGAUCUAGAUCUAUAAUUUAACUAGAGGUCUAUAAAUAAUACAGAAGUAGGCCUAAAUUUAGAUUCUUUACAAGCAUCUUUUACCUCAUCAUGACCAGUACAAGUUUUCCGUCGAAAUAUCAGAGAAGGCUAAGCACGAGAUGGACCACCGGAGUGCCUUUAAACCAAAAACUAUUGUCUGGAAACGACUACAACGCCUCAAUAAAUACUUUUUCCAGGAAUCGAAAAUUUUCGGAAGAAACGAAUCGCAGCAGCCUUUUGCCUCGACUUUCUAUAGUCAGCAACCUCGACGUUGCUGUGGGCAAAAGGGUCAUUUUUAAACUGGACGAUGAUGACGAGGCCUCCAAAGAACGAGUGGCUAUGCUCAAAGGUGACCAAGAAAAGUCUCAAUUGAUGAAGUCGAUGAUCACCAGCGAAGCUGUCAAGUAUGAGCUUGAUCGAAAGAACAAGGACAACGUAUCGGUUUAUGACUUUUUCUUUGGCGUUAAUUCAGACGAGGACUUCAAGGAUUAUGACGUUUCCGAAGCUGUUUCAGUUACUAAAUGCGAGUUGGGCGUUUCGACUGAUAUUAACGUCUCUUUUAAGGGAAAUCUCAAGCAUGUUGCUAUGCCUGUCUUCGGAAGUUUUCAGGUACCAGACGAAAUCAGAGUCCAAAGGGGUGUGUCUAAACAAGCCAGUAUUUCAACGAGUUCCUCAUAUUUUAUGGACACUCUUUGGCCUUGGCCUUGGCUCGACUACAAGUGUCGCUCUGCUGAGCUCUAUAAAAGCAGUAGCGUUAAAACUUUCACUCACCAGACACAGCUUCCAGAUUUACCAGUUCCCGCAAUGGGCCAUUCACUGCAAAGAUUGCUGCAAUCGAUGCGACCUUUUACUGAUGCUGGUUCAUUGAAACGUGUCAGAAGGCUUGCCGAAGAAUUUGCACUAAAUGAAGGCUCAACUUGCCAAAAACUGAUACUUGAAGCAACAUCGUCUGAUAGAAACUGGAUUCGACAAGUUUUGCCAAACUAUUCACGUCUUUAUUCAAGACUAGCCGCACCUGUUCUGAACAGAGGCAUCGUAUGUCCUUUCAUGUACGAUCUUUGGCCUGAAAACAAAGAUAGUCAACUGGAACGAGCAACCAUUCUAGUGGAGUCUGCUGUAGAUUUUUGGUUGAUUUUAAGACACGAAAGUCUUGCACCCAUCGCUGAUAAAAGUGGCCGAAAAAUUUGUAUGCAUGAGUUUCGAAAGCUAUUCUCCUCUGUUAGAAUACCGGGGACGCCUUCAGAUGCGAUAUUCACAUUUUUUCACACUCUGGCGGAGAAAGAAGAAACCCCAAAACAUAUUAUUGUCAUCUACCGUGGUUUUAUUUUUACAAUGGAUGUGAUGGACACUAUAUAUUUACCUAUGUCGAACAAGACUAUCAAACGUUUCUUAAAGGAAAUAGUAAAAUCUGUAGACGAGGGCGAUAUUAAUACAGAAAGCCACGGAGUUUGCAUACUCACCUCUUUAGACAGGGAUGAAUGGUCACAAGUCAGAGAAGGUUUAAUAUCUUGCAGUGUAAGCAACGCUGCAAGUUUGAGAGAAAUAGAGACUGCCUUAUUCGUACUAAGCUUGGACACACUAAGUAUCAACGACCACAAUCGUCUCCCCCACGAAGCGAUGUUUGGCGACGGCUACAACCGCUGGUACGAUAAGAAUUUAAACUUUUACAUUUCAGGUAACGGGCUUGUCACUGUCAAUGUCAACAAUUCACUACUCGAUGGGAACGUGGUGGCAAUCUUGCUGCAUUACAUUCACAUGAGGAUACUGGAGAAUGUGGACAGGUGGGAUGAAGGUGUGGUGAUGGCUGUCAGCAGAACAACUCUGGCAUCUACUCGAUCUCGGGGAUCUAGCUCUUUGGACGUGCUGCUUAGCCAGAUAAGGUCAAGGGUGAGCUGCGCGACCAGCAUCACUGAUAAUUUAGAUAGUGAGAAGGAUGUCUCUCCAGGUUUCCCUUAUCUUCACUCCUCAAAUACACCACGGAGGCUGGAGUUUACACUUAACUGCUACACCGAGCAAUAUAUUGAAAAAGCCGAGGUUGCCUUUUCUGAUCUGGCUGCUUCUGUCUUGACAGCGGUCUGCAGUUUUGAUGAAUAUGAACGAAAUUUAUUUCAAGAAAAAGGCGUCAACGUUGAUGCCUUUGCUCAAAUGGUUAUUCACUAUACUUUUUAUAAUAUGUAUGGUCGGUUCCCUUCGGUCUGCGCCAAUGUCAGUUUGAAGCGUUUCUAUCAUGGACGAUUCGAGCUUAUGCGCACCUCUACUGAAGAGAUUCUCAUCUGGUGCAAAGACAUGUCUAGUCCGGAGAGCACAAACGCGCUGAAGCGCGAGAGUUUCUGGAAAGCGGAGAAGAAGCAUAGGCAACUUCUGAGAGAGAACUGCUCCGGCCAUGGAUUCGAAAAUCACCUUGCCGCAUUGAAGGUGAUCGCUGAGGACAAAAUGAUGAAAAAGUCAGCAUUUUUCGAAGACGAGCUUGUGAAGUAUCACUUUGAAAGCAUUAACGUGUUCACGGAAUGCUUGGGAGUCGGCUGCACGAGUUGCGCCACUGUGCUUCCCAUAUCUUCCGAUGGUUACGGCGUCGGUUACUUCGUGGCCAAUACAAAGAUUGUUUUCAACGUAUCUUCUUGGCAGGGUGAAACUACCACGAGCUCAGAGCUGUUUUCACACGCCUUGCAUAAUACAAUGACGCUAUUGUACAACUUGAUGCACUCUCUAUAGAAGGAGAUAAAAGCAAUACUCAUGCUAAAACAUUUUGGACA